AUGUUGUUUGAAUCACAACGUAAUCAAUCUGCAACAAAUCCAAAGCAAAUCAAACCAGAAAAGAAACGAGAACUCCACGAAGCUGCAAUUGAUUGUAUUAUUACUGAUGGUCGUUCGUUCGGCGAUUUCCGUCGGUUGGGAAUGUCAAAAUUUCUCAAUGUUAUUUGUCCUGGAUAUCGUGGUCCUGGUCGAAAAACUGUACGUCAUCGUCUAGGUAUUUUGUAUCACGAAUAUCGUCAACAACUUGGAGAAGUACUUGCUUCAAUUCCUGCUAUUGCAAUCACCGUUGACAUAUGGACCAAAAAGAAGAAAUCUUUUAUUUGCUUAACUGGUCAUGCAUUUAAUAAAAAAUUUGAAUCGAUUCCGGUGGUAUUGGGAUUUCGUCGAUUUACUGGUUCUCACGAAUCAGAAAAUAUCAAAAAGUACAUUCUUUAUGAAUUACAACGUUUAAAUAUUCAAGACAAAGUCUGUGGUAUAGUUGGUGAUAAUGGUAGUGAUAUUAAGAAGGCCAUUAAUGAAAUCAAGCCUGGUGAACGAUUCUCUUGCACCGCUCACAACAUCAAUCUGGUGGUCAAAAAUGGUUUAGGAUUAUGGGAGAAAACAAAGAAGAAAAGAAAGCAACCAUCACGUACAACAAUUGAUGUAAUCGAUCAUAAUUCAGAGAAUAAUGAUACAUCAUCAGAUUUUGAUCAUCUUGAUAUACCUGAAGAAUUGGAAGAUGAUGAAGAUAAUUUAACAUAUGGCAAUGCAGCUGAUAGUGAUGAAGAAUUUAACAAUGCUGUUGAUGACGAUGAUGAAGAUAAUGUUAGUUAUGCCGAUGAAAAUGAUAAUCCCGAUGACAAUGAAGAAAAUGAUGAUUAUCAAUCAAUUGAUCUUCAAGAUAUUCGUGCUUCAAUUCGACAAUUAAUUGAUCGAAUGCGUGAUUUUAUUAACAAUAUUAAUUCUACACGUGCUGUUACCGAUUAUGUACAACAGCGAGAAAAAAUCCAUGAUCCACCAAUUACAGCUGCACUUGUAACAGAUAUCGAACUUCGUUGGAAUUCAACCUUUAUCAUGGUGGAUCGGUUUAUUACACAUCAAGCGAUUAUAGACGACAUCAACAGCAGGCCGUUCAAGGUACCAAGCAUUAGUUCCGUUCAACAGCUAAAACUUGGCAACAAGAAAUUUGAAUUUACUAAUGAUGACUGGGGUACAAUAAAAGACCUCCAAACUGUACUUAAACCAUUUUUCGGUGCGACGACUGCUAUCUCAGCAAAAAAUUAUCCAACAUUAGCAUUAGCUUAUUCAAGUAAGUAA